UUGACUUGAAGUAACUCAGAACCGUUCGUGGUUCCUGUUGCUGAGUACAUUUUGUCCUGAGCAGACGUGGUAUUAGUCUAUUCCAAAAAAACAAUGAUUUCCCUGAAAUACCGUGGUGUUUCCUGCUUUGUGCAAGCUGCAUCGAAUACCCUUUGCAAGAGUUCAUUACAAAAUGUCUACAGAGACUUUCAUCGGAAUUUUAGCAAAGUUGGUUUCAUUGGUUGUGGUAAUAUGGGGAAUCCAAUGGUGCAGAAUCUUAUGAAGAAGGGACAUAAGGUGAGUGUUUUUGAUGUAAAAAAAGAAGCUGUCUCUGAUCUCCAAAAGGCAGGUGCAACUGGUUGCAGUUCUGUUACUGAGGUAGUUGAGGGUGCUGAUGUAGUUCUCACUAUGCUCCCUGCAAAUCAACAUGUCCUUGACACAUACACCAAAAAGGGUGGUAUUCUUGAGUCUGUGAAAAAGGGAGCUUAUCUCAUUGAUAGCAGCACUGUGGAUCCCAGUGUGUCUCAAACACUGGCUCCAUUAGCUAGAGAGAAAGGUGCUACAUAUCUUGAUGGCCCUGUGUCUGGGGGAACUAUUGGAGCCGAAGCAGGGACCCUCACUUUCAUGAUUGGUGGAGAAGAGGAUGCCAUGAAGAAGGUCGAACCUUUACUUCUCUGCAUGGGAAGUAGGGUCGUUUACUGUGGGAAACACGGAAUGGGACUUGUGGCCAAGAUUGCCAAUAACAUGCUCUUGGGUAUCUCAAUGCUUGGAGUCUCUGAAGCUAUGAAUCUGGGCAUCAAGUUGGGUAUGGAUCCAAAAACUCUGAUGGGCAUCCUUAAUACUUCUACUGGGCGUUGCUGGUCUUCUGAGAUGUACAACCCUGUACCUGGUCUAUUGCCUAAUGUACCGAGCUCCAAAGGCUACAAAGGAGGUUUUGGUGUUGCCCUAAUUGCCAAAGACCUGGGUAUUGCUCAAAAUGUAGCCAUCCAGUCAGGUGUUCCUAUACCGAUGGGUGCUCAAGCCCAUCAGAUGUACAGGAUCAUGGACCUGAAGGAUUUGGGUGACAAAGAUCUUGCAGUUGCCUACCAAUACCUGAAGUCUGAAAAGUCUUCUUAAAAUUUCUGCUAUUCUCAUUUGCAAAUGUGUUAUGAUCAAACAAAUCAAUGUAUUUGUAUUUUACCACUUGCAGAGCUAUCCUUAUCCCUGUGUGUCCUACAUUUGUCUCGUGAUAAUUCAAAAAUUUGUACUUACUUUUUAAAGUUUCCAAAUAAACCAUUUGAAUAGUUUUACUUUCAUGUACCAUAAGUGCUGCUACUGUUAUCAAAAAUUGUUUUAAUUUUAAAGUGUUUUUAUAUAUUUUUUGUUAAGUUAGCAGGGUUUUGUUUUGUGUGCCUAAGGACCAUGUGCAAUACAGUAUUUAAUUAAGGAACAUACCAUACUAGCUAGAAAUGUAAGUUUUUGACUUCAAAUUGUGCCAUGUUUUGCCUACUUUGUGCUUGUUCUCUCGUCAAGAGUUUUUUUUGUGAUGUUUGCGUCAACAAAGCCUCACAGUACAACGGAUCAUUUAUCAUAAGGAUUAAAUGUCCUAUUUCUUUGUAAAUCUAUUUUCUUAUGAUUUGAAUAUGUACAACAACAUAUGAAUUUACCAAGUUAAUGUCUCUACGUACUUAAUAAUUGCCAUUAAAGUCGUUGGAAGACUCAAGACUUAAAA